GCCACAUAUUCCAAUUUUGACGUUUUGUGGCCUGUUUCAUCGCGUUUGCUGCAGCCAUGUUGACCUGCAUGAAAAUAUUUUUCUUGUUUUAUGUUUAAUUUUAAUUAAGUUUAAUUUUGUCAGACAUAAUGCCUAAGUGCGAUGUGAAAACUAGAUACAUACCAGCAACCUUUGCUUGGACAUUAUUGUUAGGUGCAACAACAUUGUUCUUCUAUUUUCCUGCCCAAUAUUAUAUUUUUCGUUACCCAUGGGUACCAGCAUAUCAGGGGGUCAUAACUUUCUUUGUUUUGGCCAAUUUUACAUUAGCCACAUUUAUGGAUCCUGGUGUAAUACCAAAAGCUGCUCCAGACGAAGACAGGGAGGAUGAUUUUAGAGCACCACUUUAUAAAAAUGUUGAUAUAAAUGGUAUCACUGUUCGAAUGAAGUGGUGUGUAACAUGUAAAUUUUAUCGUCCGCCCAGGUGUUCCCAUUGUAGCGUUUGUAAUCAUUGUAUAGAAACCUUUGACCAUCAUUGCCCAUGGGUGAACAAUUGCAUUGGCAGAAGAAAUUACCGGUUCUUCUUUUUCUUUUUAAUAUCACUAAGUCUGCACAUGAUCAGUAUAUUUGCAUUGAGUUUGGUUUAUGUUUUACAUAAAAAAGAUAAUCUUUCAAAUGUGGAACCAAUUAUAGCUAUGGUUCUGAUGGGAGUGGUGGCACUAUUAGCUAUACCAAUCUUUGGUUUAACUGCAUUCCACAUGGUGCUUGUGUCUAGAGGAAGGACCACCAAUGAGCAGGUCACUGGCAAAUUUAAAGGUGGCUACAAUCCUUUUUCCAGAGGAUGCUGGGAUAAUUGCUGUUACACACAAUUUGGUCCACAAUUUCCAAGUUUAAUGAAGCCUAACAAAUAUGCAGUGAAAAAGAAACAUUGCUUACAUGAACCAAUAGCAACAAUCACAAAUGACAGUCAAGUUAAAACUUACAUGGACAAUAGUAAUGGAGUUAGAAAUAUGAAUUCGAAUGCAUAUAAUAAGCUAUCACCUGGACGUGACGGAAUGGAUCCGGAUUUGGAACCUUCUGCGUCACAAUCCCAAGACUGCGAACCGACUCCUCCUUUACAGAGACAUGGUUCUAAAAGCAACUUCUUCCUACCUCCGAUCGACGGAGAAUCUCCCAGACAUCCGCGAAUGCAGUACAUACGGCAUAGCCCACAUCCUCGACCACGAAUUAUGGACUCGACCCGAAGUGGAACACCAGAAAGCCUGGGCCCACAACGACCAUCACCGACCACCCAGCAAAGGAUAAAGUCACUAGGAGUACCGACACCCAUAGCUAUGUCUAGUCCCGUCAGAAGAUCUAACCCCAGCACCCCUACACAGCCCCGAAGGCCAGACUUCAUCGGCGUGUCCUCGAACCAUCAGGGUGUCGGUGCUCCAUACUACGAGUUCCAGCCAAACCAGUGCCAACGACCACCAGUAUCACAGGGAUACGGAAGUCCGCAGCGACGCUUCAUGUCCGAGGGGGAGCUAGUGCAACAGAUGCACAUCGUACCUCAGCAACCGAGGAGCAACAAUACCGUUGACAAUAUUAGAGAGUUGGCGAACUCCCCGCAGCGCGGCGUCUACAUGUGGAAGGAUACAUCCCCUGGGUACAAUCCGCCACCUCCUCAUCCCGAUUUCUACUGUUCCAAUCCCACUAGUCCCACACAGCAGGCUGCUUAUCAUGCUCCGCGAUAUCAUCCGCCUGUACGAGGCGGCGUUUCAGUUUACCCUCCUCAAAGUCCACAAGUUCAUCGUAAGAAGCCAAUGGGAGCUGGCACUCCUACGAUACACGACGCUCGAAGACGCCCAAUGUCCUUCGUCCGUGCUUUGGAGAUGACCGAUUCCGUAGAGCUGAACUCGAAUGCGACCAGCCAUUCGCAGGGCAGACCCUCCACUCCAGACCGCACCAGCGUCUACGAUAUGAACUACGAGAUAUCUGUAUAGGGACGGUGUUGGCACUCUCGCUUCGCCGAAUGAGUGCAUUACGUUUCUCUGCAUCAGAGACUACCAGUAGAUACAUUCCGUUGGUAAUGAAACGGUUCAAGUCCUUUGCGAAAACAAAUACGAGAAUUAAGCGAACAGAAAAAGAGAAGAAACGAAAGAAAGAAAAAUACAAAAAAAAACGAGACAAUGAUGAAGGGGGAGGAUGAGAGAAAAAAAAACAAACUACCUACUUAGUGUGUGUAAAACUAUAUGUUAUUUGUUGUUAAUAUUUAAAUCUUUUGGAUUUUAUCCGCGUGAAUGUGUUUUGUUCUGAUGGUAAGUUAAGGCAGUCUUUAAUUGCGAGUGACGCUAUUGCGAGGAUGUCUAUUGAUGGUGCUGAAUACCAAUUAAUUUUUAUUUAUGUAUAUAUUUAUUCAAGAUUUCUAUUUAUUUUAUUAUUAUUUUCACAUAUUAUGCCGACGCAUUUACCUUAUACUGUGGUAGCGUCACAUCAUCAUUACCCUCCAACAUAAGAUACUAAUUAUUUGCCUUAAUUUAAGUAGUAGAGUGCGUUAAUUUGUUUUUAUUUGUUGGUCUUUUUAAUGUUUAUCCAUUUAUUCCCAUUUUUUAUUAAGAAUUUACUUUCAU